UGAAAAUGCCUAUGUAGAGCGAAGAAACCACUCACUCGUCCCUAACACGACACAAACCUAGGCAAAAGUUAUGGAAGGUCGUGACUCGGAUUCCGACAAAGCCCGCCGGUUACAGACAUUGGAGGCGUUUGCAGCGUCUCUCUCCUCCCGAUCUCGUACUCCUGAGACGCAACCGAGUGCGAACACGUCUGCUCCCGCUACCGCAGCGGAGAACGGCCGGAACAGUUCGGCGCCUAGAGGAGUUUCGAAGAAUGCGCGUCGAAGAAACUCCAGAGGCAAAGGGAAAACCCACGAAGCAGCCGCCGCUGGUGCACGGGGAGGUUACCGAAACCCUAACGCUAAAGUCGGUAACUUUCGAAAUGAGUACGUGUACGUUCCUAAGAAGCCUUCGCCGUCGGUUGUUAGUUCGGCGAAAUUAGUCGGUGAGGGUGGUUCGACGGUUAAGUUUAGCGGGGAUGUGUUGUAUAGGCUUUACUUUAAGGGUUUGGUGAGUGAAGAGAGUUGGACUGGGAAGGGGAAAGGGAAGACGGCUGACGUGGCGGCUGGAUUUGGGGUUGCGAUUUGCGACCAGAGGGAUGGUUUGUUGUUUGAGUUAAAGGGGGAACUGCUUGGCCUUGGCUUGAACCCUCAAGGAGCGGAAGUUAAGGCGUUGACACGAGGGUUAACCGAAGCCUCGAAGCUUGGGAUCAAACAUGUUGUUAUCUUCUGUGAUUCUUAUCCCAUUUUCCAAUAUACGAUGAAGAUUUUGAUUACGGCUUUGGUGACUUCCCCUUUGGUUUUGGGCAGAAUAUGAAUGGUGCUAAAGGGUCCUUUGAUCCUUACUCCGAACUGCCAGCUGGUGUGCCCCAUUCCCGUCGGAUGCUGGAGUAUAAGGCUCUCCACGACAUGCUUCGCCCGGGUGAGGAGUUUGCAAGUGAGGACUGCCCAUACUUUGGAAAGUAUGGGAAGUACGCUACAUUUUAUGACUCGGACGGCUAUGAAUACGACGAUUACACGAACCCUUUCCAUCCUGACUACGACUGAGGUUUCUGUCUGGAACCAAGCUUGUUGUUCUCUUUUCGCAUUUUACUUUUCCAGGGCCAAACUCAUUUGCUACAUUUUGCUCUUUCUUUCUGUCUUUAACCUCUCUGUUUUGAGGUUCAUAUUUCCGUGACUUUGUUCCGUUUUGAGUUUGGUUGAUUCAGAACUUGUAGUAUCUAUCUAUUCUUCUUGCUUCCA